AUGCAACCACCAGAGGUUCACCAAGUACAAGUCCAACCUGCUAAUCUCCCUUCACAGUUCUACGAUCAUGAUCAAAACUUUUUAAUACAACAACCACAAGUUCAACAAGCACAACAAGUUGAACCUACUUAUCUCUAUGGAGAGUUCUACACUCAUGAUCAAGAUUUCUCAACGCAACAACCCCAAAUUCAACAACAUGCAAAUCUUUAUCCUCAUGCUCAAAACUUGUCAAUGGAACAAUCACAACUUCAUUCAAGAGAUCCAAUUAUUUCCAGACCAAAAAUUAGAGGAAGGGAAGAUUUGAAUGGAGUAAUAGAUGGUGGAGAGUGCAUUCAUACGAAUUUGAUUGGGACGCAACGCAAACGCCUACCAACCAAUGAAACUGUGCCAGCAGUCAUGGUCUUUGGAGACUCCAUUGUAGAUACAGGAAACAACAAUUAUAUCUCCACUCUUGUCAAAUGCAAUUUCCCUCCAUAUGGUAGAGAUUUUGCUGAAGGAAAUCAUCCAUCUGGGAGGUUCAGCAAUGGCUUAGUCCCAUCAGAUAUUAUUGCUGCAAAAUUUGGAGUCAAGAAUUUCUUACCACCUUAUCUUGAUCCAAGUUUGCAAAUUCAAGAUCUCCUCACUGGUGUAAGCUUUGCCUCAGGUGGAGCUGGAUAUGAUCCUCUAACAGCUAAAUUAGUGUCUGUGAUGUCAUUAUCAGAUCAAUUAGAUAUGUUCAAGGACUAUAUAAAGAAGAUAAAUGAUGCAGUUGGAGAAAACAGAACCCAACUAAUAGUGUCUAAGAGCAUAUACAUAGUGUGCAUUGGAAGUGAUGACAUUGCCAAUACUUAUGCUCAAUCACCGUUUAGACGUGUCGAUUAUGAUAUUGCUUCGUACACAGACCUAAUGGCUUCAGAAGCCUCAAAAUUCUUUGAGGCACUGUAUGGAAUAGGAGCGAGAAGAAUUGGAGUAUUUGGUUUACCAGCCAUAGGAUGUGUGCCAUCACAAAGAACAGUGGGUGGAGGCUUCGAUAGACAAUGUGUAGAAUUUUCUAAUCAAGCAGCAAUGCUAUUUAACUCUAAACUCUCUUAUCAGAUGGAUGCACUUGGGAAAAAGUUUUCGGAUGCUAAACUUGUUUACCUUGAUUCUUAUCACGGAUUGCUAAACAUGAUUCAAGAUCCUGCUAAAUAUGCCAAAUCACAAACAAAAUAUAGAGAGUUUGCAUUUCCUGCUGUUAUAGUUUUUGGUGACUCAAUCUUCGAUACUGGGAACAACGAUUAUUUUGAAACAAUAAUGAAGGCAAAUUUCAGACCAUAUGGGAGGGAUUUCUUUGGAGGAAAACCCACAGGAAGGUUUAGCAAUGGCAGGAUCCCUUCAGACUUCAAGAAAGAUUGGAGUACUGAGCCUGGCUCCAAUAGGAUGCGUGCCACUGCUGCGAACAAUAUGGGGAGGCGAAGAAAGGAAUUGCGUAGAAUCAGCAAACCAGGCAGCCAUGGUCUACAACUCCAAGCUUUCUUCUUCAAUGGUGGCUCUCAACAGAAGGCUUCCAAAAGCUAG